GAGAAGGCGAAGGCGGAGAUCGAGGCGAUGACCCCGAAAGAGAGAGGAGAACUGGUGGAGAAGAUGCAGAAAAAGAUGCAGGUCUUCGCCAACCUCCCGCAGGAGGCGAAGAUGUCACACAUGCAGAAGCUCAGCGAGGAGGAGAAGCUGGAGUUUGUGAAGACCCAGAUCCUGAUGAUGAGCAUUAUGCGGCAGCAGUGGCAGGCCCAGCAGCAGGCCGGCGGCCAGGACAUGGCGGCCCCCUCGCAGCAGGACCAGAUGGACAUGGACGCGCCGGGGCGCGCCACGUCCGCGGAGGAGCAGCGCCGGCUAGAGGAGGAGGUGGAGCGGGAGGUGGAGGCCGAGAUCGCGAAGAGCGCGGCGAAGGCCAUGCCGAAGGACCUGGCGCCGCCCACCCAGCAGAUGAUGAUGUGAGCGGCCGCCCGGACCCCGCCGUGCGCCGCCG